AUGACACAAGAGACCGUUGUUUUAGCUUAUUCUGGCGGUCUUGAUACGAGCUGCAUUCUCGUUUAUUUGGUGAAGCAAGGGUACAGAGUUGUUGCUUGUAUUGCUGAUGUUGGUCAAGAUGAGGACUUCGAAAGAGCGAAAGAAAAGGCAAUGAGCAUUGGCGCUUCCGCCAUCUACGUCGAAGAUGUCAAGGAAGAAUUCGUUACGGACUUCAUCUGGCCGUGGGUAAAGUCAGGAGCAAUUUAUGAGGAACAGUACUUGCUGGGGACGAGUCUUGCUCGACCGCUAAUUUCCAAGGCGCUGGUUAAAGUUGCAAGACUGGAAAAUGCCCAAUAUAUUUCGCACGGAGCUACUGGCAAGGGAAAUGAUCAAGUCCGAUUUGAAUUGUCAAUCGCUGCCCUCGCCCCCGACAUCAAAAUCAUCGCUCCUUGGCGCGAUGCCGAAUUUUGCGCCAAAUUUGCUGGUCGAAAUGACCUCUUCAAUUUCGCUGAAGAGAACAAUAUCCCUCUUCCUGUCUCGAAAUCGUCUCCUUGGUCGAUGGACGCAAAUCUGAUGCACAUUUCUUAUGAAGCCGGAAUUCUCGAGGACCCAAAUGUUUCUCCUCCUGAUCGAAUGUGGCUGAUGACAAAAGAUCCCGUCAACGCUCCCGAUGCUCCUGAAUUCAUCGAAUUGGUGUUCGAAAAAGGACUUCCGGUCAUGAUGAAAUACAGGGAAACGGAAGUUUCAGCGCCGCUAGAGCUGUUCAAAAAGCUCAAUGAAAUUGCAGGAGAACACGGAAUCGGAAGACUUGACAUCAUCGAAUCAAGAUUUGUCGGAAUGAAAUCACGUGGUUGCUAUGAAACUCCCGCUGGGACUGUUUUGCUCACUGCUCAUAAAGAUCUGGAAUCGCUAACAACUGAUCGAGAAGUUAUCCGAUUGAAGCAAAACCUUGGGCGAGAAUUUUCCGUUCAAGUUUACAACGGAAUGUGGAACUCGCCCGAGGCCCAAUUUACGAGACAAGCGAUCGAUCAUUCUCAGCAAUUUGUCAAUGGUUCCGUCAAAUUGCAGCUCUACAAAGGAUUUGUCCGAGUUGUUACAAGAAAUUCGAAGACGAGCGUCUAUGAUGCUACUUUGGCGUCGAUGGAUGAGCUGACAGAUUAUAACCCGGCUGAUGCAGAGGGCUUCAUCAGAAUCAAUGCUUUACGAUUGAAGCAACAUGCGAAACGUUGA